UUUAUUUGUUCGGCUAGGUGGUUCAUUCAACCUGAAUGUCAGCAUGGUCGUUAAGCCGUCUUCUUUGGUUGUCGAUGAUCGUGAUGUUGCUAAAUCUAGUGUUGCUCCUGUUCGCCAAAAAAGGAGUUCCAUUACAUUCGAUGGUGGCUUGAGGAAGCGUCGAAAAUUCGAAACUUCUGGAGGUCCUCAUUCUCCGUUAUCACAACCAAGUGGACACACAAAGCAGAUUCGGAACAACGUCACUUCUGCUCUUCCAGGUGUUGCUCUUUUUCUCGGUGUUGGAGAUACUGGCCAACUUGGUUUGGGACCAGAUGUAACAGAACGCUCAAGACCUGCUCUCCCAAGUGCUGCAAGCCUUGCUGCGUUACAAACGACUAAGGAAAAUUCUUUCUCUUAUUUCACACAAAUAUGUUGUGGGGGCAUGCAUUCUGUUUGCUUGACAGCUAGUGGUAGUAUUGCUACCUGUGGUUGCAAUGACGAGGGAGCCUUGGGUAGGCCGACGGGUACGGAGUCUGGAUCUUGCGACUCGUCUGUAAACAAUCACAAUGGCUCCUACCCUAUUGUAGACGAGUGUCAUCUUGGACUGGUACUCUUUCCACCGAAAGUAAAGAUAGUCAUGGUUUCCGCUGGUGAUAGUCAUACUGCAGCUUUGGACACCAAUGGUCAGGUGUGGUUAUGGGGAACAUUUCGAGGAGCUAGUGGCCCUAUAGGACUUACACAACCUGGGGAGAUUUGUACAACGCCGAGACCAUUACUACCUUAUGCUAUGAAUAGUUCCACUGAAAACAAUGAUAAUGUUCCCAACAGUGAUCCCAAAUUAUCUAAUCGAUCAACGAAUACAGCGCUUCUAACUCCUAGUACACACGUGGUGAAAAUCGCCUCUGGGCAAGACCAUUUGGUUUGCCUGACAGAUGAAGGUCGUCUUUACACUAUGGGGUGUGGUGAGCAAGGUCAACUAGGUCGUGUUGCUGAACGGUUUGCAAAAGAUGGUGGUCGUUCAGGAAUUAGCUCACUACUUCAACCUACUGAAUGUCGAGUUCGCGGAGCCGUACGUUUUUCCGAUGUGUGGGCAGGAGGUUUCGCUACAUUCGCUCGUUGUCAAAUUACUGGUGUCAUAUAUGCUUGUGGUCUAAAUAAUUAUGGCCAACUAGCAUUACGCGAUACAACCGGUCAUGGAAAAUCGCUUUCAUCCAAUACUGUAGAAGAAUUUGCCGAUGUUGAAUUGAAUAUGGCUGGAGAUGCCGCAAAAUUAGUAACUGAUCGACAGGAAGCUGAUAGGUCGGAGGCUCAACUGAUCGCUCGACAAGGUCCUCUUAUCCAGUUCAUGUUAAUUCGAGCAUUUGGAUUUGAUCCGGACCAAGAUUGGCGUCAGUUUGCGAUCAGUAUGCAUCAUACACUAGCUCUAAACAAUCUUGGUCAUGUGUACGCUGUUGGUCGACCAGAUUACGGUCGUCUUGGUUUGGGGUACGAUUUGAAUGGAUCGAAAGUUUCCGUGAACAAACCUACACGCGUUCUCGGUGCACUUAGUGAAUGUUCUUGCUCAUGGAUUGGUUGUGGAGAAGUAUGUUCAUUUGCAGUUGAUACUGAAGGUCGUGCCUAUUCCUGGGGUAUGGGUAGUAAUCAUCAACUUGGGCAUGGAGAUAGUGAAAAUGACUGUUGGGAGCCAGAGUUGAUGGUAGGAAAACAAUUAGAAGAUCGCCGCGUCUUAAUGAUUGAUGCUGGUGGCCAACAUACUGUAGUGCUAGCUUGCUCUGCUACUCAGCCGAAUGUGAUUAACACAGAUACAGAUAUUGUGAUGCGUGAUUCUAAUCAGCUUUUAAACGGCACGAACAAAUCUCCCGCAGCCAAUAAACAAGAUGAAGAAAUGUCAGAAGUGACGUCUAAUCCACUUUCUAAUAAUAAUAAUCUAGAACACGAAAAAAGUGAAGAAUUAUCCAAAAAAUCUUGUUCAGCUGAUACUUCGGUAGAGCGUAUUUUGAUUCCGCCAAUUGGACCUGGUGCCCCACAAAGCAAGCGGAACCGACGUGCAAGUCCUUCUUCUGUAGCUGGGAGUACCGGGACAACGCUGCUUACUCCUGUUGGGUUUAGUUGUGAAAGUACAACAGGAAGUACAGCAGGUGCCACAAUCAAUAGUAGCGUCCAUAGUUCUGCUGUUUCAGAUACUUGCUCCGUUGGAUCAUGUGCAUCGACAAGCAGUACAAGUAGUCAGUUAAAUAGUGCAAAAAGUACUGAUGGUGGUGGAAGUAGCCGAUGUAGUUCCUUUGAUAAUUACAGUGUACAGAGUAGUUUAUUGUUGCUCCCAUCCACAGAAGACAAAUUCUGUAAGGGCACAUAAUCCCUUGUUCUUAUUUUUAGUAUUCGAAAAAAUCUACUUGCUGUUAUUUUCCCUAAUCCUUCUUAAGGUUAAUUAUAAUACUUGGUAUCAUUGAUAUUUAACCGUUUUUUCAGCCUGCUCAAAUUCGUUUCAUCCUUAACGUUGUGGCUACGUACAUUCAUCUUCUCUUACUCCAUUUUCGUCAAGAAUUUUCAUGUCGAAUUUAUUGUGUGAUGUUUUAUUUUCUAUUUAUAAUAAUAAUCACACUUUGAAGGAAAUAUUUGCGAACAACUUUAACUUUAGAAAAUUUUAUCUGACUGACUGACUAACAAUACACUAUGUUUAAAUAAAUUUUGAUUUUGUACACUGCAUCCGUUUGUAUAAUCUAACAUUUGUUAAACAUUUUGAAAACAGGUGAAACUUUAAAUAACUUGAUGUAUACUUUCAAAUGUUAAUGUAACGUUUUUUGUUAGUGUGAUUUCUCGUAUGUUUGUUUAUGUGAUUAUGUUAUUAUAAUUUGUAUUCAUUUAAAAGUUAUCAGUUUU